GCGCAUGCGCAAAGGCCGGCGGCGGAGAAGGGGCGUCGGGGAUUUCGAUCCGCAGUUUCCUCGCCGGAGUGGCCGUGGCGCGAUGGUGUAGCCGGGUUUACGGGCGGGCGGGCGGGCGGGCGGGCCGGAGCCAGACGGCCGGGGACGGCGGACGCCACCUGACGGACUCGAGUGCCGCGGCCGCACGCUGAGGGGGCGUCGCCGCCGCCGGUCCCCGGCGCCGCCGCGGGAGGCCGCGCCCGCUAUGGCGGCCCGGGCCGUGCUGGACGAGUUCACGGCGCCCGCGGAUAAGGCGGCGCUGCUGGAGAGGAGCCGCGGCCGCAUCGAGGGCCUGUUCGGCGUGAGCCUGGCAGUACUCGGCGCGCUCGGGGCCGAGGAGCCGCUGCCCGCGCGCAUCUGGCUGCAGCUCCGCGGGACGCAGGAGGCGGUGCACAGCGCCAAGGAAUAUGUCAAAGGAAUCUGUGAACCUGAGCUAGAAGAAAGAGAGUGUUACCCCACAGCCAUGCACUGCAUUUUUGUUGGAGCAGAGAGCCUGUUUCUGAAGAGCUUGAUUCAGGAUACUUGUGCUGACCUUUGUGUCCUAGACAUUGGUCUUCUUGGCAUUAGAGGAAGUGCUGAAGCUGUGGUCAUGGCCAGGAGCCAUAUUCAGCAAUUUGUAAAGCUCUUUGAGAACAAUGAGAACAUACCCAGCAGUCAGAAAGAAUCAGAGAUAAAAAGGGAAUUCAAACAAUUUGUUGAAGCCCAUGCAGACAUUUACACAAUGGAUUUACUGAUUUUGCCUACUUCCUUGAAGAAAGAACUUUUAACACUCACACAGGGUGAGGAUAAUCUAUUUCAAACAGGAGAUGAUGAUGUUAUUGAAGUAAGAGAUGGCCAACAACCAGAGUUCACACAGAAUACUGAGACAGGAAUGAAUAUUUCUAGAGAUGAAAUUGUUUUGCAGGAAGAUGCAAGAAAUAAAGCUGGGACUCCUAUUUCAGAGCUUACAAAACAAAUGGACACAAUCUUUUCUAGUUCCCCAGAUGUGCUUAAAGUUCCAGUAAAUGGGGCAAGCCCAGAUGAAGAGGCCCUUUCCAAAGAGAGAGCUUGUUACAAAAGGAGAUAUUCUGAUUCAGAGGAAAGGCAUACCAAGAAACAGUUUUCUUUAGAAAAUGUUCAAGAAGAAGAGCUCUUGCAUGGUGGUAAGACAUCAGCUGGAAAUGGAAUCGAUUCAUCUGAUUCUUCUACUGAAGUAAAUUUAAAUCCCGAUGUAAAAGACACUACUGAGGAAAUGGAAUACAACAUUCUUGUAAACUUUUUUAAAACCAUGGGCUAUUCCCAAGAAAUUGUUGAGAAGGUCAUUAAGGUAUAUGGGCCUUCUACUGAACCGUUAUUGCUCUUAGAAGAAAUUGAAAAAGAAAAUAAAAGGUUUCAAGAAGACAGAGAACAUUCACCUGGUACUUCAUAUCCAGAAACCAACAAAACCAAAAGUAAAAGUAUUAGCAGCAUAAAUGAGUUUACAACAGAUUCCUUUCAGAAGAAAACACAGAAUCACACACAGCAAACUAUGGUAGAAAAGUUUUCUCAGUUACUAUCUAAACCAUGUACCUCAAAUUGCAAAAUUAGUACUUUCAGAACUGUGCCAAUAGAACAGAAACAUGAAAUCUGGGGUUCAGACCAGAACUAUCAUUGUAACGUAGACCUUGAAACUGAUGGCCUUUCACCCUCUGUUGCCCCUUCAAGUCCCAAAGAAAUUAAUCUUGUCUCAAGAGGAGCCUUAAGUCACCAGCAAAAAAGUCCAGUUUUUCCUGAAAAUGGUUUACAACAGCAGCCAGAACCCUUGCUUCCAAAUAAUAUGAAGUCUACCUAUGAGAAACGUUCAGGAUGUUGUACCUCUCCUCAGUCCAAGCCAGAUUGUCUGUCCAUUUCCCCACCAAUGCCACUGUCCCAUUUGUUACCUUCAGUUUCUGAUGCAAGGUUUUCAGGACCCUCUGAAAAUAUCGACUCCUCAGUUACCGGGGUUCAAAGAUUUCGAGAUACUCUAAAAGUACCCUACAAGCUGGAAUUAAAAAAUGAACCAGGGAGAAUGGAUUUGAAGCAUAUUGUUAUAGAUGGGAGCAAUGUUGCAAUUACCCAUGGCCUGAAAAAGUUCUUUUCUUGUCGUGGAAUUGCAAUUGCAGUUGAAUAUUUUUGGAAGCUUGGCAACAGAAACAUCACUGUAUUUGUCCCUCAGUGGAGAACAAGGCGUGACCCUAAUAUCACAGAGCAGCACUUCUUAACCCAGCUCCAGGAGCUUGGAAUAUUAUCUUUAACUCCUGCCCGGAUGGUCUUUGGAGAAAGAAUUGCUUCUCAUGAUGACAGGUUUCUACUACACUUAGCGGACAAAACUGGUGGCAUAAUUGUAACAAAUGAUAACUUCAGAGAAUUUGUGACUGAGUCAAUCUCCUGGAGAGAAAUUAUUACAAAAAGAUUGCUUCAGUAUACAUUUGUGGGGGAUAUAUUUAUGGUUCCUGAUGAUCCUUUGGGAAGAAGUGGACCUCGACUAGAAGAAUUUCUUCAGAAGGAUGGCUUUUCAAGAGACAUGCAGCCGCUGUUCAGUGCUCUGCCUAGUGUGGGCAUGUUUGACCCCAGUUUCAGGGUCCCUGGUACCCAGGUAGCCAGCACCAGUCACCAACCUCUGCCCCGGAUUCAGGGAGCCUCUUCCAGCCCUUGGCUCUCUCAGCAGUCCCGCUUCCCCCUCCUACCAAACCUUCCCACUGUGCAGCACAACCUACCCAUGCCAGCACAGAGAUCUUCUGCUGAAACCAGCGAGCUGAGGGAGGCCCUGCUAAAGAUCUUCCCUGAUUCCGAGCAGAGGCUGAAAAUCGACCAGAUCUUGGUGGCCCAUCCAUACAUGAAAGAUCUGAAUGCCCUCUCUGCCAUGGUGUUGGACUGAAGGUUGUGCUGAGAAGCUUGAGCUCAGGGCCCACUGAUCACACUCGAGCUGACUGCUGUCUGCGAUGGGAAAAAUAAUGUGAAGAAACCUUUUCUCCAGUGUAAACAUUGUUGUAUUGUACAGGGAAAAGAAAAAAAAUGUUUUUGUGUAUACAAAAAUCUGGGUUUUCAAAGCCAGCUUUUUUCUAUAUAUAUAUAUUAUGCUGCUAUUACAGAUUUAACAUUUUCUGUAAAAGGAAAGUCUACAUUUUCUGCCUGUUCAGAACUGUUUAAUAGCAGUUACUCUUGAGUGUAUUUACAUUUUUAUGUUUUUUAAACUAUUUUCCUUAAAGUUGAAGAUAUUGGUAAAUGGAUAUGGUAGUCUUUCUAAAAUAAUAAUAAAAGAGUCAUUUUCUUAAGGAGAGCAAGACCUCUUAAAGUAUAUUUUCUUGAGAUGAAUAUGUCCUGUCCACUAACAGGAAAUGUGCUCCUCUCUCAUGUCCUCUCCCUCCUUGGUUUGGGAUCAAUUUGCUCCAAUGGGGUCUUUCCUUGCAGCCAUUUGAGAGUGGACAAGCAGAGCCACUAGAUGGCACUUUGUGUCUAGCCAUUGUUAAUGGCCAGGACAAAGUUAGGCCCAGAUGGCCUGGGCUAGAAAGAGGUUCUAGAGCUCAGAGUCCUGUCCCUCCCCUUCCACUGUGCAAAAGAGGUCAGAGCCCAGAGUGCUCACUGUAGAGACCUGCCUGCAGGUGGAGUAGCCAGGCAAAUCAGACCACACCCAUGCCCCAUGCACUCAACCAGGUUGGGGCCCCUAGGCAUUUGACCACAUUCCACAUUGCCUUAGCCUCAGAAGGCUGAGACGUGGUAUGAGUUUUGUGAAGAGUUCCUUUGUUUUGGCGAGCUUAUCUCCACAGCCUACAGCUAUGGGAGAUGCCCUGAUGUAGAGUUUGGAUGACUUUGCC